AUGACACUCGCGCAAGUUUCGCGUCUCACGAUGCGUCGCACGCUCGGCGCGCCGCGCCCAAUGCAGGCGGCGCCCCGCCGCGGACUAGCGACGCAGGAACCGCAGGUUUCAUGGGCCGAGUACCGGGCGGGCGAUAAGACGUUUGCCGAAUGGGUAGACGCCAACCGCCAUAUUGUCGCGGGGUCCCUAUUCGGAUUUUACGUUGGUCUGGCCGUGUGGAAGCUUCGCCCCACGGGGAAGAAGGCCGACGAGCCCGAGGCCCCGGCGAAAGAAGCGGCCGAAGCGCCGGCAAAGUGAGUGGGAGGAGGUGGUGUUGGCUAUCGCGCGGGUUGAUGAUCGUGGGAGAGGAGGCCGUGCAGAGAUGAGUUUAGGGAUGGGGAAAGGAAGCGUAGGAGACAUUAUGGUAAACGAUCGGAUGAUGGAUCGAUUUUGUUGGACGAAA